GGGUCGAGCUGCAGAGCUGUACAACCCUCAUGUUCGCCUUCAUCUUUUUAAGCGUGUUCAAACGGUUUGACGGGUUCAUGUUCCGUUGCUAAUCAACUGAAAUGUCCACAAGCCGAUCACAGCUGCCCGGCUAGCUUGUUUACUAAGUUCGAAAAGACUUCAGCUUUCCGAAUACGUCUGCUGAUGUUUUACUGUGUGUUUUGCAGUACACGUGAUACUCACACUUCCGUCUCUUUUGUUUCGUGCGAUAAUUAAAGCACUUCCUUGUGAGAUAGACUAGAUAAGACAGUAAGUAGCAAUUAGCCGCAAGCUCAGUUUGACAAGCUGGUACAUGUCUGCGCAUGUGCAGUCCUGCUCUCCAAAGUCACUGUUGUUUACAUUGGGGCGGAUGGUCAUAAUACAACGAGCGCAUUUGCGAGGAUGAAUUGAGCUCGUCUUGUGCGCCACCCAGCGAGGAGGGCUGAGCAUGAUGAGCGGGAAGAGCCUCCUGCUAAAAGUGAUCCUGCUCGGGGAUGGAGGAGUUGGAAAGUCCUCCUUGAUGAACCGCUACGUCACCGACCGCUUUGACUCGCAGUCGUUCCACACCAUUGGUGUUGAGUUCCUCAACAGAGACCUGGAAGUGGACGGACGCCUCGUCACCCUCCAAAUCUGGGACACGGCCGGCCAGGAGCGCUUCAAGUCCUUGCGUACGCCUUUCUACCGAGGUGCCGACUGCUGCCUGCUCACAUUCGCCGUGAAUGACUUGCAGAGCUUCCAGAACCUCGGUGGCUGGAAGAAGGAAUUCAUGUAUUAUUCUGAUGUGAAAGAUCCUGAGCGGUUCCCUUUUGUGAUUCUGGGCAACAAGGUGGACAUGGAGCAGCGAGAAGUAGGGGAGGAUGAAGCGCGGGCCUGGUGCGAGGAGAACGGCUGCUGUCCUUACUUUGAGACCAGCGCAAAGGAUGACAUGAACGUCACGGCUGCGUUCGAGGCAGCUGUCAGGGAGGUGCUGGCCGCCGAGGAUCACGUCGACCACUCGGUACUGAGCGGGACGAUAGAUCUUCACGGCAACCGCAAAAUAUCUCGUAGGUCCUGCUGCUGACGGGUCAAAGCCCAUGAGUUGUUGUUUAUGGUACACGUAGGGCAGGUACAGGGUUGCUCUCUGAUUCUUUGGAUAAGAUACAGCGGAGGCCGUGUUCUUUAUUGAUGCUGAUAAGAUGUAAUCUGAGGAGAGCGGUGUCAAGGGUACAGCCGCUAUCCAAAGGGCUGAAUGAUUGUCCCAGGCAAGGUACAGGCGUGCUGAAACGCUCACCCUGUACUGUGUCUGCUUCCAGUCAUGUUGCACACUUCACCUCAUAGUUGGCACUUGCAAAUUUAUGUUAGUGAUGCUUCCAAAACAAUUAGUCAAACACAAUUCAUUCUGCGAUGCCAGUUGACUAGUAGUUGAGGAAAUUGUAGCUCGUAACAUUUCAAAAAUUCCAACUAUCAUAGGAGUAUAAAAGCGUAUUGCUGACUCACCAGAAAGAAAGAAAAAAAAAGCAUCUGGAAUGCAAUCAGGCACAAACAUCAUUUCCGGUACGAGAGGUGAUCGCAGCUGUCCUAAAAUGUAAUAUUGUCUUUAUUUCCAUCAGUAUAAAGGGAAUUGUGCACCCUAAACCGAAGCUACAGGUGUUCUUUCAUUUUCCGUGCUGCAUUUGCGCCAGUGUUUAUGACUUGCUCUUCCUUUUCUAGUGUUCCCAAACUGCUGUUUAUUUCUCCGUGAGGCACCCCUCCAUUCCGUUGUGUGCUGUUUUCUUUUUUGUUUGUUCAACAUACACUGUCUAAUAUUGGAUCAGGGACGGGUGGGUUUGUUUCCCGGAUGUGGAAAAGAGGUUAUAAUUAUUGCACUGAACAGUUUUCCUAAUCAGGGCAUUCUUUUAAUUCUACCUUCUGAAUAUGUGGCAAGCUUUAACAAACCACUCCUUUUUUAAGCUAUGCUCCCUCCUAAGUGAUAACACAUGUAGACCUCAGUUGAAUGUGAGGGUAAAGAUAAAACCUUUCAACUCCAUUCAUACAGGAAAUAGUUAUCCAAGUAUUAAUAGAACUGUAUCACGAUUACCUAAUUUCUGCUAAAUGGUACCGAGAUUUCAUUGCAAUGUCUUUUCAGAUUUACAUGUUUUUUUUUGUUGUUUUUUUUAAACACCUGCCAGCUUGGUGUUGAUUUUAGGUACAUUUAGAAAAUGAGUGUUUUUUUUUUUAAAUUUUGUGAAAAUAUUGAUGGCUGCUUAAAUUAUUGUAUUGUACAAGUUGUUUUAAUAAUUUAAUUUAUUUCUGUGUGGUUAUUGCACCAUGUUUCAUGCUCUCAUUCUUCCAGCCUUGUGUGUCGACUGCUUAAAAUUUCCGUGUCAUAAAGCAAAAGUGUAUAAGGGUUUGAGCAUUUAGUUGGAGAAGUACGGUCAAAGGUUUUUAUGAUUUUUGCAUUCACACGCCACAAUGAAUUUAAAACUGGAACAUGAUUCAAGUAUCGACUUUCUGUUUCAGUUCAAGAGCAUCUAAAAAUCAUCACUGUCAUUGUCCAAAUCGUUCUGGACCUCACUGUUCAAAAGGGAUUUCAAGUUUUUUUUUUUUUUUUUUUAACGCUAAUGUGUUGAAUACACCCCCACUCGUCUAAACACGAUCUUCUGAUUAAGAUUGCCUUUGUGGAAAAAAAACAACAACCUUGUUUUCUCCAUCUCAGAGGGCUCCCAUUUUGCCUUGCACUGCCACUUGCUGCUGACUGAAAAUAUCAUAGUGCCUAAGGGCUCAGCUAAAGACCAAUCAUGGCUCAGCUGUUUUCCAAAUGGCCACUCACUGAGAUGGGUAAAACAUCUUCAUGUUUAAUUUGUGCUCCUUAAACGCAAUAUUAAUCUGAAUGCAGUGUUUAGACUAGUGGGGGCACAUAGAACAUAUUAUUUUUGACUUACCUUUUCUUGUGCGAGUAGAUAAACAUCACUGUGAAACUAAAGCCAAGUUGUUCAUGUGCUGCCCCCGAUGUUUUGUUUUAGUUUCAAGCAGAUGUGUUGGAUAGCUUUUCUACACGACUAUGAUCAAGUUUUCCACAUUUAGUGGGUAGUAUACCUUUUACUUGUGAGGAAUGGUACGUUUCUUUUUUGUUUUGUUCUUUGACUUAAACAGAAUCUUUUUGCCCUUCCGGUAUAAUUUCAAUGUUUAUUGUUCCUUGACCUUCUAGGGGUGUAGCCUAACAAUGUUUACCUGGAAACUAUCAUAGCCAAAGAUUCAGUUAUUCAUAAGCAGAUCACAUUACCUACAGUACUUAUCGUGGUUUCAUGUCAGUGUUUACAUGUUGCUGUAAUAUUCAUGAAUGUAACCCCUAAUUUGAGCUGUCCCUAAUAAUGGCUAAACCACAUGAUGAAGGGGCACGUACUUCACCCAAACUGCCCAAAUGACACUUGAACAUGUUUUGUUCAGACCAACUAGUGAUUUUCGGUAUAAACUGUGUGAAAGUUGGAAUGCCCAACUUUUAUUUAACAAUCACAUUUCUUCCCUUGCUAGACUUUUUGCACUACAUUUGAUAAGACCGGUUAUCAUUGCUUGCGUACGAAAUAAAACCAAAUGUAUCACCCCA